UUACGCGCAGCUUCACAGCUGGAUUCUCUGGUGCGCUUCUCAAACCUGAUCAUUUUCUAAGAUUUUGAUGACUUAUUCAUACUAUUCUAACGCAUCUCGGAAUACUAACAACUGGAUCAUCCUUGCAUUAAGAAGAAAGUCGUUUUUAUUUUUCGUUACAUGAAGAAUUUGCUGUCUGAGUUAAAUGGACUACCACAUCUCUGGAGAUGAAGUUCUAAGGAGUGCUGUGGAUCAAAACCAUGCCGGAAUUUAGGAAAACAAUCUCUCUCUAAAAUAAGUUGCAAGUUGUUACGGCUGUGAAGCUGAAGAUGGGUCGCUUUUACGCUCAGAUUUGGAUAAUGCUGGUGUUGAUAGCAGUGCCCGUAGCGGUAAAGUGUUGCCCGCGGCCAUGUGCGUGCCAUCAGCCAGUAGAGGUGCACUGCACGUUCCGCUCCUUACUCACGGUGCCUGCUGGCGUGCCCAAACAGGUGGAGCGAAUGAAUUUGGGGUUUAAUACUAUAAAUAAAAUAACUUACAGCUCUUUUGCUGGGUUACGAAAAAUGGAGCUUCUUUUAAUGCAUGGAAAUAACGUGCAUCAGAUUCCUGAUGGAACAUUCAUUGACCUCAUAUCCCUUCAGAUGCUGAAACUAAGCUAUAAUAAACUGAAGUUAUUAAGCAGACAAACCCUUAUGGGUCUCUGGAGUCUCACUAGGUUGCACCUGGAUCACAACAGACUUGAGUUCAUCCACCCAGAUGCAUUCCAAGGUCUCACAAAUCUUCGCCUUCUCCAUCUGGAGGGCAACCAACUUCAGCAGCUCCACCCGGCCACCUUCUCCACUUUCUCUGUUCUUGGACACUUCCCAGUGUCAACCCUGAAGCACUUGUACCUGUCAGAUAAUAUACUGACCACACUGUCACAGAAGAUGCUUGCAAGCAUGCCCUACCUGGAGAGCCUCUCCCUGCAUGGGAACCCCUGGACCUGUGACUGUCGCAUGAGAUGGUUCAAAGAAUGGAAUAAAAAUUCACCAGGAGUGCUAAAAUGUAAGAAAGACAAAGCCUAUCCAGAUGGUCAACUAUGCCCUUUGUGUUUCUCCCCAAAACAACUAAAGAAGAAACAGCUCCAAGAAUCGGAGAAACCCACAUGCAAUAGUCCCAUCAUCAGCAUUUCUAAUAGAGCCAUUUCUUCAGAGGACACAGAAAGUGAUCUCUUGACAACAGAUGAAUUUCGUCAACCCCUUGGCAAUAUUUCCCUUGGCCUGUCAGAUGAACAUGGACAUCAAGUAGAUCUGGAAUGCCUUGUAAUUGAGCCAAGAGAGCUUACUAGUAUAGGCUGGGACUAUGUUAACCAGUAUCAAAUAUCAGUAAAUUUGACUCUUACAUUAGAUUUGAAAUGUGCUAUUGACAGGUCUAGUUAUGAGAGGCUGUGGCGAUUAAUUGCUUAUUACAGUGAUGUUCCAGCUCACCUUCGAAGGGAAAUUAUGCUAAGCAAGGACCCUUAUUUGAGCUACAGAUAUCGGCAAGAUAUUGAAAGGGAUGCUCUUUACUUCACAGGAGUAAAAGCAAACAUUGCAGCUAACCCACCCUGGUUAAUGCAGUCAUCAAUGGACCUCCAACUAAACAGACUUCAGUCAACAAGUAAAAAUGUUCGACUAAUUCUCAGCACCUAUAUGACUGAUAUAAUGGAAAGAGAAACCUUAAGACGGCAGAGUCAAGGCUGGGUUAUAAUUGAGUCCAAGAAUGACACUAGAACAAUGCAAGCUGCUGUCGUGGGAAGUCCUGCUAAAAUAAACUGUACCGUUCAUAGCUCAGGGAAUGAGUCAGUAAAAUGGAUGCUUCCUGAUGGCUCUACUAUAAAAACACCUUAUCGCAAUAGUGAAAACAGGCUUUCAGCAUCAAGUUCUGGUCUUCUUGAAAUCAAGUCUCUUGAUCAUUCUGACUCAGGAGUGUACUACUGUAUUGCACAGGUUUCAGAUGACCUUACUGUCUUCCCUUUCCGCUUGACAGUGGAGGAAUCCUCCAGCCCACCUCCUGGAGGUGAAGGAAUAACAGAGCCAGUUACAGGAUUUACAGGUGAAACUUUCUCUCUUCCAUGUGUAGCCACUGGAUCACCUGAUGCUGCUAUACACUGGAUUCUCCCUAAUGGCAGCAUUGUUAACAAAUGGCUGAACAUUUCCAGGAUAUCUGUGGCUUCAAAUGGAUCUUUGGCUAUUUUAAAUAGUCAGCUUUCAGACAAUGGAUACUAUAAAUGUGUAGCAGGAAACCAGCAUGGGAUGGAUACUUUGGCAACAAAAGUCAUAAUAUCAAGGCCACCAGGGAUACCGGCUUUACGGAAGUACUCCAGUAGCCCUCAACCUGCUGAGGGAGUUUCAACCAAAAUAAAUAUUAUGACAAACGAUAUGGAAUCAUCUGGGGAUAAUGAACCUGAAGCAUUUUUGGAGAAAGCACUUGCAAAGAAAGCAGAUAUACCAAAUCGACGGAGGAUCCCAAGUACGGGAAUAAGAGGAGGCCAUCCAUCUAGAAAUUCCUGGAGACACCCUUCUACACCAAGAAGGAGAGUAGGUACCCCAGUGAUAGACAGGGCUAACACUGUAGAUUCAAGAAGAAGAAUUAGCAUGUCAAAGAACCAAAUAGACCCAAAACACUGGGCAAGCAUUUUGUCAAAGGUUCGCAGUGGUGGAACUGGUCCAAAAACAACUACUCCAAACUAUGCUCAGACCAGUACAAACAAAAUACAGGAGACAGAGCAAAAUACAAAGCAGUCAGAAAUUGUUAAAAAGAUUGAAGGAUCAUCUUCAGAAUUUACAACAACAAGACCACCAGUAAAUGAUGUCACAAUGUCACAGAUGCCCAAUGGGGCUACUGAGUUAAAUUUGGAUAUAAGGGCUCUGGAUUCUGAGAAUACAGCACAUGUUAUAUACCAGAUAGCGACACCUGAAACCGAUCCAAAUUCAGAUUUGUUUACAGAUAUCACACAACCCACAGUUGGACCACAGAUGACCCAAUUUACUGUGGGAGAUUCUAGGAUUUCAAAGGGAGUAGCAAUGAGCACUGUGUGGAGCACACCAUCAUAUGGAACCCAUUUACAGGAAAACCAAAGCCACACAAUGGAUAGUGGCAGAGUAACUGAAGCAAUUCAACAGUUUGAUGGCAAAUAUGACGUAGAAAACAGAGUUGUGCAAAACCCAGAGCCUGUGGGAGAGGUUUAUCAGAGAGGGACGGAUCACAGUUUAGCAUCAACCACAGCAAAAUCCAUUACAGAGCCAAGUAAAGAAACUGCUGUGUACUCAUUAACUGAAACUCUAACUAAAAUUAAGCAAGGACCACAAACUCUGCAAGAGAACAUAACUCAAGAGAAACAUGUCUCAGAAAUUCCACUGAUUCUUACUGUGACACCAACCACCAAACCCACUUCAGGACAUAAAGCAACCUUUACUAAUUCACUUAAUGUUUCCUCCUCACAUGCUAGGAACACAUCCAGUUUGAGGAGGAGAAAUGGUGGAAGACGUAGAAAGACUAAUAGAAUUAAAACUAAGACAAACAGUUCUAAAUCUUCACUAUAUAUCACAGACAUCACCCAACAGCCCACUUUUUCAAAUUUGGAGGUCACAAAUGGAUUUACAGUUGUUACUAAGACAACUGCCUCCUCAAAAACUAAAAUAGAAACUCCACAGGCCAAAAGUGUAGUGGCCAAAAUGAAUACUACUGUUCCAAUAACUGACAUUCAACCACCGUCACUAGGCAAUAUGACUCAUGAAAAGAACACAAAUUUAUUAUACAGUGGCAGGAAUCGCAAAACUCACAAAUCUCUAUCCCAAGAAAAAGUAUCUAUGACAAAAGAUAGACACUCACCUAAUGAUAAGUCAGCUAGAGAAUUUAAAAGCACUACAGCAGUACCAGCUUUUCCAUCAACUUUCAGUAAUUUUGAAAGAGAACAAGACAAAAAAAAAACUAAAUUGAAUGGGAGAAAAUCUGGUGUUUCCCACCAUAUUCCACCUCUGAAGGCAACCUUUCAUGAGGAGUUUAAAAGCAUCCAUGCCCCUGCACCUAAAAUAUUUGAAGAGACUGAGCAGAUAAUUAUUGCAGGAGAACCCAGUUUGGGACCAACAUCAGACUACUUCCAUGCACUAUUAGAUGAAUUUCUAAUUGAAAGUCCAGGGAAAACACACAACCAACAUAAUCUCACAAAGACACAAGAAAUCAUUCCUCCAGACAAAGAGCUUGAAGGAAGAUUUCCUGUGAAACAAUUAUCUUCAUUACCUCCUAGUACCCAAUAUAGCAUUAUCAAAAAUAAUUUGGAUAUCUCACAAGGUUCAGCUACAUCAGUCACUCCAGUUUUUGAGGCACAUCAGAGUUCAAUAAUAGUUCAUGAAACAACAAAACCAACCAGGCUUCCUACUGUUAGCACUGAUAACAGAGAAGUUACUACUUUAUACAUGAAUCCACUGACUUCAUUAGAAAAUGCUAACAUGCCAGUUUCAAAAGCUAACAUACUUGCAACAAAAACAUUUACAACAGCCGUCAUGCCUCCUACAGUACAUGCAUAUAUGCUUUACCCUACUACACCUAUUUCUGAAACAACUUUAGGUGAACCACAUAAUUCAAAUCACAUUCCUGACAAUGACAAAAACAGAUUUGUAUCCUCAAGCCAGGAAAACAUUAGUAAGAUAGAACUUAGCAAAACAUACAUUAGAGCAAGACCUCCAGUCACACAAUUUCCUUAUCAAUUAACCAGUGCCUCUAAGGAAUCAGGAUCUCAAGAAUUAGGGGAAAACAUCCACAAAAAGACAACUACAAAAAGACCCACAACUACACCACUUAACUCAACUUUAACAUCAUCUUUACCCCUGGAAAAACUUCCUGACAGGCUGGGUGUUCAGGGCAGAGGAAGCUCUUCUGUGCAUUAUGCAACAUCAGAAGGACUUCUACAAAGACCAACAGCAUUGCCUGAGGGCAGAGGCCGACCUCAGAUUACCAGCACAAACAUUAGAUCAGUAACAGCACAUGCCGAGACUAAUGCUUAUUUACCAUGUAUGGCUUUGGGAAAACCCCGUCCCUUCCUUUCCUGGACUAAAGUAUCUACAGGAGCUAGUAUCACACAGAACACCAGGGUACAGAGAUUUGAGGUCUCCUCUAAUGGUACGCUUAUAAUCCACAAGGUAAUUCCUCUGGACCAAGGCCAAUACCUCUGCAGUGUCCAAAACCAGUUUGGAGAGGACAGGAUUGUAGUUAAUUUAAUAGUUCUGGCUGAGCAUCCUAGAGUGUUACAGCCUCGCUAUAGAGAAGCCACAGCAUACCUUGGACAAACUAUUGAGUUUGAAUGUCAGUCAAAAGGGCAUCCACAGCCUCAAAUUACCUGGGUCUUACCUAAUAAGGAAAUUGUACAUUCAGGUGGACCUGCACAUGGCACUCCUGAACAUAUGAUCUCAGUCUUACCUAAUGGCACACUUCACAUGAAAUCAAUUAAUCAGAUGGAUCAAGGAAUUUAUAAAUGCAUUGCUAGCAAUGCUGCAGGUGCUGAUGCCAUAUCUGUUCGGCUAACUAUUGCUGCCUUGGCACCCAUCAUUCAGCAGCUAAGCCUUGAGAAUGUUACUUUUCCAGAGGGAAGCACAGUCUUCUUUAAUUGCUCAGCCAGGGGUGUCCCUCAACCUUCUAUUAACUGGAUCACACCUGAUGGCAUGCAGCUUCGUUCCUCACAAUUUAUUAAUGGGCGUAACUUGUUUGUUUUUCCCAAUGGGACACUCCAUCUUCAUAGUCUCUCUCAAACAGAUGCAGGAAGGUAUGAAUGCUCAGUUACUAAUGUCAUCGGCAAUGCACGAAGGGCCAUUAUUUUGACUGUAAGGAAGUCCAUGAAGUACUCAAGAGCCAAGAUUACAUUCUCAUCUCCUCAAAAAACAGAUGUAGUCUACGGAGGCAGGUUGCACCUGGACUGUGUUACAUCAGGGAAUCCAGAACCCAGGAUCAUCUGGAGGACUCCAUCUAAAAAGCUUGUGGAUGCUCACUACAGUUAUGAUCCAAGGAUCAAAGUGUCUGCCAAUGGAACACUAUCCAUAAUAUCUGUGACCGAAAAAGAAGACGGUGAAUACCUCUGUGUUGCUCGCAACAAAAUCGGGGAUGAUUUUGUACCCUUUAGGGUCAGCAUCAUGGCAAAACCUGCUAAAAUUGAGCAGAAAACAGAGGCUGAUAGGAAAGUGAUAUAUGGAGGUAACCUAAAAGUUGACUGUGUGGCAUCUGGAUUACCCAACCCUAAAAUUCAGUGGGCACUGCCUGAUGGUACUAUGAUCAACAGUGUCAUUAAGUCUGAGCGUAAUGUUGGCAUUCGAACUCGCAGAUAUGUUGUCUUUGACAAUGGAACUCUCUUCUUCAACGAAGUAGGGAUGCAUGAAGAGGGUAACUAUACUUGCUAUGCUGAGAACCAAGUUGGAAAAGAUGAGAUGAACGUGCAUGUUAAAGUGGUUGCAGAUGUUCCUGUGAUUGUGAAUAAGACACAAGUUGUCGUCAGGGUGCUCUAUGGGGAAUCUGUCUCUCUUCAGUGCAGUGCCAAAGGUGAACCAACACCCCUUGUAUUGUGGUUCUCACCCACUAAUAGAGCCAUCACUUCAUCUUCAGACAAGUAUUUUAUACACAACAAUGGGACUUUAAUCAUUAAGAAAGUUCAGAGAUUUGAUGGUGGGAACUAUAUAUGUCUUGCCAGGAACAGUGCUGGGCAGGAUCGCAAAGUGACCAGAGUAGAAAUCUUUGUCUCUCCACCUGCAAUUAAUGGCUUCAUUGGAACCACAAACUCACUGAGAUUGUCUAGUGUAAGAGAUCAGAGGAAACUGAUUGACUGUGAUGCUACUGGUACCCCUGCCCCACGAGUCAUGUGGGUUCUUCCAGAGAAUGUUGUGCUUCCUGCACCAUAUUAUGGCAGUCGAAUGACUGUACAUCGCAAUGGCACUUUGGAUAUCCGUUCAGUGAGAAUGACAGAUUCAGGUCAGUUAGCCUGCAUUGCUCGCAAUGAGGGAGGCGAAACAAAGUUCAUUGUUCAGCUUCAUGUAACAGAUAUUUUAGAGAUGCCAAAACUUAAGAGUCCUAAAAUGGAGACACUUUUACUGACUGUCGGCAGGACCAUAAACCUGAACUGUUCAUUUGAGGGUUCACCUACCCUACAGCUAACCUGGAUCCUUUUAAAUGGCUCCCCGCUUCAAAGUGGCGCACAAUUCAAUAAAUUCCUACACAGAGCCGAUGGGACUUUGGUCAUCAGUAAUCCUGCCCUCUCAGAGGCAGGCACAUAUCGUUGUUUGGGACGCAAUGCUGCUGGGAUGGUUGAAAGAACUGUCACGUUAAUACCAGGGCACAAGCCAGAGAUCAGUAACAGGUAUAACUCACCUGUUAGUAUAAUUAAUGGGCAGAGUUUACAUCUGCACUGCAUGUCAAACACUGAUUCUGUCCACCUCACCUGGACCCUGCCAAGCGGAAUUAUCUUAAACCGACCUCAGAGAGCAGGUCGUUAUGGUGUUCUUCCCAAUGGAACCCUUUCUAUCCAACAGGCCUCUGUCCAUGAUAGGGGCUCAUACACAUGUAGGGCCUCAAAUGAAUAUGGUAGCUCCUUGCUAUCUGUCCCAGUCAUCAUUAUUGCAUAUCCACCACGUAUCACUAGUGGUCCGGCUUCUGCUACCUAUGCCAAAAAAGGAGUUGCAGUUCAACUUAAUUGCUUGGCCAUAGGUAUUCCAAAAGCAGAAGUAGCAUGGGAGACCCCUGAUCGAACGCGGCUUAUUGUCAGCCCCCAACCACGGCUUAUUGGAAACAAGUAUCUCCAUCCUCAGGGUUCCUUAAUCAUCCAGAAUCCUACAACAAGAGAUGCAGGAUUGUAUAGAUGCACAGCCAGAAAUGUAGUAGGGGUUGACACAAAGGGUACUUACCUUUAUGUGUACUGAUAAAAUACGGAUAUCUACAUGCCAUAUGCCCAAAGAACUGCGACAUUGAGCUGAAACACAGCUUGAUAGUAAUAGCAUUUGUCAAUGUGAAAUAUAGAAUGAAAUCAGAUCCACCAUAUAUAUAUAUAUAUACAGUUGAAGUCAGAAUUACUAGCCCCCCUUUGAAAUUUUUUCUUUUUCUUUUUUAAAUAUUUUACAAAUGAUGUUUAACAGAGCAAGGACAUUUUGACAGAUAAUAUUUUUUUUCUGAAGAAAAUCUUAUUUGCUUUAAUUCGGCUAGAAUAAAAACAGCGUUUAAUUUUGUGAAAACCAUUUUAAAGGUCAAAAUUUGUAGCCCUUUUAAGCUAUAUAUUUUUGAUAGUCUACAGAACAAACCAUUGUUAAACAAUAGUUGCCUAACUACCCUGACCUGCCUAGUUACCCUAAUUAACCUAGUUAAGCCUUUAAAUGUAAUUUUAAGUUGUAUAGAAAUGUCUUAAAAAAAUCUCUAGUAAAACAUUAUUUACUGUCAUCAUGACAAAAAUAAAACAAAUCAGUUAUUAGAAAUGAGUCAUUAAAACUAUUAUGUUUAGAAAUGUGUUGAAAAAAAUCUAUCUGUUAAACAGAAAUUGUGAAAAAAUAAAAAUAAACAGGUGGGCUAAUAAUCAAGGAGUGGCUAAUAAUUCUGACUUUAACUGUAUUUAAAAAUGGGUGCUAUUGUUUUAAGGUUUGCAGGUGAAAUAUUGCGAAAUGAAUAAAAAAUGUGUGUGUGUGUGUGUGUGUGUGUGUGUGUGUG